AUGGCAUCGCCUCUGCCCUGGCUGUACCUUAUUCUAUGGGUAGAAAAUACCCUAGGGAAACUUGAAGAUGAAGGAAACUUCUACUCCAAAAACAUCAGUCGUAUCCUGGACAACUUGCUUGAAGGCUAUGACAACCGGCUGCGGCCGGGAUUUGGAGGUGCUGUCACUGAAGUCAAAACAGACAUUUAUGUGACCAGUUUUGGGCCCGUGUCAGAUGUGGAGAUGGAGUAUACAAUGGACGUUUUCUUUCGCCAGACUUGGACUGAUGAGAGGUUGAAGUUUGGGGGCCCAACUGAGAUUUUGAGUUUGAAUAACUUGAUGGUCAGUAAAAUCUGGACACCUGACACUUUUUUCAGGAAUGGCAAAAAAUCAAUUGCACACAAUAUGACAACCCCUAAUAAACUCUUCAGAAUAAUGCAGAAUGGAACCAUUUUAUAUACCAUGAGGCUUACCAUCAAUGCUGACUGUCCCAUGAGGUUGGUUAACUUUCCUAUGGAUGGGCAUGCUUGUCCACUCAAGUUUGGGAGUUAUGCUUACCCCAAAAGUGAAAUCAUAUAUACAUGGAAAAAAGGACCACUUUACUCAGUCGAAGUCCCAGAAGAAUCUUCAAGUCUUCUCCAGUACGAUCUGAUUGGACAAACCGUAUCUAGUGAGACAAUUAAAUCUAACACAGGUGAAUACGUAAUAAUGACAGUUUAUUUCCACUUGCAAAGGAAGAUGGGCUACUUCAUGAUACAGAUAUACACUCCUUGCAUUAUGACAGUCAUUCUUUCCCAAGUGUCUUUCUGGAUUAAUAAGGAAUCUGUCCCGGCUAGAACUGUCUUUGGGAUCACCACUGUUUUAACCAUGACCACAUUAAGCAUCAGUGCCCGGCACUCCUUGCCAAAAGUGUCGUAUGCAACUGCUAUGGAUUGGUUCAUAGCUGUUUGCUUUGCUUUCGUCUUCUCAGCUCUUAUUGAGUUCGCGGCUGUUAACUACUUUACCAAUCUUCAGACACAGAAAGCCAAAAGGAGGGCACAGAUUGCAGCCUCACCCCCAGUGACAAUAUCAAAAGCCAGAGAACCGUUGGAAGCUGAGAUUGUUUUGCAUCCUAAUUCCAAGUAUCAUCUGAAGAAAAGAAUCACCUCUCUGCCUUUGCCAAUAGUUCCAUCCCCGGAGGCCUGCAAAGUCCUCACCAGAGCUCCUGUCUUACAAACAACACCUGUCACACCCCCACCACUCUCUCCAGCCUUUGGAGGCACCAGUAAAAUAGACCAGUAUUCUCGGAUUCUCUUUCCAGUUGCAUUUGCAGGAUUUAACCUUGUAUACUGGGUAGUUUACCUUUCCAAAGACACGAUGGAAGUGAGCAGCAGUGUUGAAUAG